CAAUUUUAGCCCUCUUUCGCUAAAUUAAUUUGGGAAGACCACAUAGAAAUGGAAUCACUUGAAAAGAACUUUACGGUCUACUAGCUGUCAUAAGAAUAACUGAUUAUUGGGGAAGUUUAGCAAAUAUCUAUGGGCGGAAAAUACCCAUAAUUAAGCUAAGCCAAAACCAAAUCAAGUGAAGCCUAAUCCAGCCAAAUUAAGCUAAGCUAAGUCAAAUAGAAACUUGGUUUAGAUUAAUGAGCAGAGAAGUUGAGAAGUCAACUGGAAAUGAAGAAUAACCAAUAAUCCAGCAGACAAGUCAACUGGAGAUGAAGAAUUCCACAUCUAAUCUUCUUUAUAUGCAGCUAUUGUGUUGAGAAAGACUUUCAAAAUCUGCUAGAAGAAGUUCGGCGCCUAAAAGCUUUCCUAGAUGAUGCUGCAAAAUACCAUAGCGAUAGCAGUCUGUGGAAACAAUUGGUCAGAGACAUUCGAAUUACAGUGCAUAGAGCUGAGGAUGUUAUUGACAAAUUCCUGGUUCAAGCGAAGCUGCACCAAGAGAAGAAUAAAGUGAAAAGGUCUUUUGAUGUAUGCCAUGUCAGAAAAGUUUGGGAUCUUGCAAAGGAUAUUAAAGCAAUUCAUCAGAAUGUGAAGGAAUUUCGUCAAAAUAAUCAAAAGGCUUUUCAACCUAAACCAAUGCUCGAUCUACCACAAAGAGUUACACGGGAGCCUCAGGAUACUCUGUUGGAGUAUAAAGAAGUGGUUGGCUUUGAUUACGAAGCGGAAUAUGUGAUCAAACGACUUGUUGAAGGAUCAAAGGAUCUGGAAUUUGUCCCUAUUGUGGGUAUGGCUGGAAUUGGCAAAACUACAUUGGCAAGAAAAGUUUGUAGUCAUUCUCGGAUUUCAAAUAUUUUUUCCAAGAAAAUUUGGGUUUAUGUCGGCAGGUCAUACGAACUAAAGGGUAUGCUUUCUAAGAUUCUCAAAUCGUUCACGGAACGCAUUGAAGAAUUUCGCUAUAAAGAUGUGAACGAAUUAGCUGAAGUAAUAUGUGAAUUUAUGGCUAAAGAAGGUGGUAGAUAUCUCAUUGUCCUGGACGAUGUGUGGGCUAAAGAACUUGUGGUUGUGGAUUUGGUCAAAAGAAUUCUCCAAGAAAACAACAAAGGUCAUCGGAUCAUGAUGACCACUCGCGACGAGUAUGUGGCUAGCUAUGCCAGUGAACAUCCUCAUCGUCUGAAAUAUCUAUCCGACGAAGAAAGUUUUCAAUUGCUGGAAAAGAGAGCUUUUGGUAAUGAAAGAUGUCCUGACGAGUUAGUAGAACUUGGAAAAAGUAUUGCAACAAAAUGUAGCGGAUUACCACUUGCAGUAGAGUUAAGUGCCGGAGCCUUAAGAUCUCGUCCGAACAAAAAUUAUUGGGAAAGAAUCGAGAAAAAUGUGGGGCUGUACCUUGUCAUAGAGAAUGACCCUACAAGUUGCUGGGAAAUUGUGGAAACCAGUUACAACAUUUUGCCCCAAGAAAUGAAGGCGUGCUUCUUGUAUUGCUUCGCCUUUCUUCAAGGUUAUUCCAUCCCUGCGCAGAAAUUGAUUCGCUUGUGGAUCGCGGAGGGACUAAUAAAGUCCAGUCCGACGUGUACCUUCGAGGAGCUAGCAGAAAAUUACUUGGAGGAGUUUGCUCUUAGGGGUCUAGUCACAAUGUCGAGGGAUGGCGAUUCAAUAAAAGAAAUUGGAUUUCACGACGUGUUGUAUGAGUUCUACAAGACGGAGGCGAUAAUAGAAAGUGUUUUCCAAGAACUACGUCUAACACCCGAUCAGAUUCUUCCUUCCAUACAAGAUCCAGAUACUUCUCGUCGCUUGUGUAUUGAAUCAUCUGUUCUGCGUGAUUUUCUCUCCAGAAAACAAUUAAAUGCAGAACAUGUUAGAUCUUUCUUAUGCUUUUCAACAACAGAAAGACAAAUCGAGUUGUCUCUUCAUGAUGUUAAAAUCAUCUCCCAAGCAUUUCCACUGAUCAGGGUCUUGGAAAUCCAAUCUGUUAAAAUUUUCCUCCCCAUGUAUCUUAACCAACUAUUUCAUUUGAGGUAUAUUGCUAUCUCAGGUGAUUUCGCGGAACUUCCUGCAUCCUUUGGUAAGUUCUGGAAUUUACAAUUUCUCAUAGUUAAUACAAGUACACCAGAGCCCACUCUUAAAAUAAAAGCAAAUAUAUGGAACUUGUCACGGUUGAGGCAUCUAAAGACCAACAUCCCCGCAGAAUUGCUGCCCCCUCCUAACCCAACGGUUGAAGGCUCUUGCCUACAAAUUCUGUCUAAAGUUGCACCAGAAAGUUGCAAUAAAGUUGUGCUGGCAAAGGCCGGAAAUCUCAAAAAGUUGAGUAUUCAAGGGCGACUGGGAGCUUUUCUUGAGACUAACAAGGACGGAUUCAGCACUUUUCAAGGGUUAGGGCGCCUAGAAAAAUUGAAACUGAUGAAUGAUGUUCCUUACAUGAGUGAAGCUCUUCACCUUCCUCCAGAAUUAUUCAGAUUUUUGCGCAAACUGAAGAAAUUAACUUUGUCAAAUACAAGGUUUAAAUGGAACGAGGCGGAUAGACUGGGCCAGCUGGAAUGCCUUGAGGUCUUGAAGUUGAAAGAAGAUGCAUUUACGGGGAAGUCCUGGAAACCAGAGAAAGGAGGUUUUAAACAACUCCAGGUCUUGUGGAUUCAAAAGGCUGACCUCGAGUGUUGGGAGGCUUCAAGAGAUCACUUCCCAAGACUUAAGAAACUUGUUCUUAAUUGUGCUAAGCUUGAGAAUGUGCCAGUUGAGUUAUCUCAUUUUCUCCAGUAACGCUCCAGAAAGCAUCAAACUCUAGCUCAUUGUAUUCCCUCCUGAAACUGAUUUAAAAGGCAUUUCAUCCUCAAGUACCGUACUUUCAAGGCGCUCCGUGGCCUUAUUCUGGCUUUCCAGUAUCAUUCUAUCCAGCACCGCCUAUUGGGAUGCACUGUAGCAAACCCUUGGAACAUACCGUGGCUUUCUUCUGAUCAAUCCUUCCAUAACACCAGUACUUUGGGGGAAAGAGAAGGAGAGAGAUGUGUACUGGUUCCUAAGACAUUGACGAUUGAUGAUCCAAAUGAAGCGGCAAAAAGUUCUAUAUGGUCAACAUUAGGUAUUAAGAAUGAGAAGAUUGAUUAGGUUCGUGUGGUAAGGAUCUUCAAAGCCUUUAAUACAAAAGCUGAUCAUAGAAACCAUGAAGCUGAUGCUUCUUUUGUCCUGCAAGCUAAUCCAGCAGCCUUGUCUAGAUCACUUAAUUUUCACGAGAGCACACAAUGAGACUCAAUUUCGUGUUAGCUCAUUCCAAGGAAGCAGAAGCAGUAUCACUGCCGCAGCUAAUUGAUGUAAUUGUGUGUCUAGGAGGAGAAGCAAACAGUAUACAUAGAGUCUUGCUGAGGAAAGAACUGCUACUAGAAUAUCCCUCAAGUUUGCAAGACUUAAUUUGUCUUUUUUGGUAGCAGCAUAAGUUAGUUCUUCAAAAUAUAAGCAUUUAUAGUUUUGCAGUAUGUGGUACUUCAAACACAAAUGAUGAUAUAUUUUUAGGACAUUGACAUUGCUGGAAGCCUGGGAUACAUGGAGAAAUUGAAUAUAGCUCUUUGAUAUGGAUUCAAUGCAUUUCAUGUUUUCUGCAGUCCAAUCAUCUGAUGAUACAACUUUUUUCUCUUUUGUUU